AUGAUAACUCACCCGCAAUCCCACCGCAACGACCCCACUGCUGCGCCCGCCCUCGCCAAAAUCACCAAGAACUCGACCGCGCCGCCCGCCCCCGCCGGCGCGCCGGCUGCCUCCCAGGCAUCCCCACAACAAGCAGCGGCUCAAAUCCCAGGCCAACAGCAACAAGGAGGCGGUGAUGCAGGACAGACACCUGGAGCUGGAGGGACGGCCGCCGACCCGAAUCUGCCGCCCGCGCCAGAUUCACCGCGGACGUUUGCUAGUCGGCAGCGGGAAUUGGCGAGGGAUUUGGUGAUCAAAGAGCAGCAGAUUGAGUAUUUGAUCUCGGUUCUUCCAGGAAUUGACUCGUCGGAGGCGGAACAGGAGAGGAAGAUUAGGGAGUUGGAGAAGGAACUGCGGAGUGCCGAGGAGGACAGGGAACAGAGAGUUCGGGAAUUGAGGAAGUUGCGAAAGAAGCUGGAGAAUGUUUUGGGAGGUAUUGAGGUGGGGAUUUAUGGGGAUCGUGGAGUCGUGGCGUCUAGCAGGUGA